GAAGAAAAAGAAAGGAAACAAGAGCAGAAGCACGUGGGGUCACGUGAUAGACCUGGAUUUCGGAUCUCUUGGCCGGAGUUCUUGUCUGCUGAAUCGACGGGAGAGAAGACUGAAGCUUCGCUUCGCGUUCGCCCAUCGAUUUUGCUUCAGAAAUGUACAAUAAUGUGGGAGCCCAGCCUGCAAAUCCCCAGCCUAAUCCCUUCGGAAAUACCUUUUAUGGCGCUGGUUCAGGACUUAUCCGAGGUGGAUUGGGUGCCUAUGGAGAGAAAAUUCUAGGAUCAAGCUCUGACUAUGUACAAAGCAAUAUUAGUAGAUAUUUCUCUGAUCCUCAGUAUUACUUCCAAGUGAAUGAUCAGUAUGUGAGGAACAAAUUGAAGGUUGUUCUAUUUCCAUUUCUGCACAGGGGUCAUUGGACACGGAUAACUGAGCCAGUAGGAGGCAGACUUUCUUAUAAACCCCCAAUAUAUGAUAUCAAUGCACCUGACCUAUACAUCCCCUUUAUGGCAUUUGGUACCUAUGUGGUUUUAGCUGGCUUCUCAUUGGGUCGUCAUGGGAAGUUCAGCCCUGAGGCUUUAAACUGGUUAUUCAUCAAGGGAUUGCUUGGCUGGCUUGUGCAAGUUAUAAUUCUGAAAGUCACGUUGUUUUUAUUGGGUAGUGGUGAGGCACCCUUGCUAGACCUAGUGGCAUAUGCUGGGUAUACUUUCACAGGGUUGUGCUUGGCUGUGCUUGGACGGAUUAUGUGGAAUUACUCGUACUAUUUUUUGAUGCUUUGGACCUGUGUAUGCAUGGGAGUGUUCUUAGUGAAGACUAUGAAGAGAGUCCUCUUUGCAGAAGUGAGGAGUUAUGAUUCAAGCAAGCACCAUUAUCUCCUGCUCUUCAUUGCUUUGGCUCAGUUCCCGGUAUUUACUUGGCUCGGUAACGUGAGUGUUAAUUGGCUGAUAUAAGACCACUGCUUUUGUAUCAAGAAAAAAUUGUUUAUAGCAGUUUCUGAAACAUUGUAUACAAUUGUCUUUGUAUUCGUUUCAAGCGAUGAUGACUUUUGCGCUCCCAGGUUUAUCAGUUGUAGUUUUUGAGUGUUUUUAUUGCUGGGGAUUCUUAAGGAAUUGUCAUGUGUACUGGCAUUCUGGGUAAGAGGGGAAAUUCAUUACUGCAGGAUAAAGCAUUCCAGUGGUUUCCAAUUUUCAGAAAAAUUAUUACUAAUUAUUAUUUAGUUUACUGGAAGUUUAA